GUGUAUGUAACAACCCCAUACAUUUUCAAUUCUGACAACUCAUGUAUGUCACUCUCACAAGUCACCACCACUAUAAAUAACCAUCAAAGAAUCACAAAAUUUAUGUUCCAUUUUCAUUUCAUCCCUUUCCUUUUACCAUCUAUCGAUCAACCUUUCUUCCUUUUUAGUUCUGUGACUCAAAAAUGGCUGAACAUAACAUGCAAAUUUCACUCUCAAGCUCCUCAAACGAUUCCUCAGACCAAGAAAAACCUUUCACCACCGCCAUGAACCCAACAACCGACACCGGCGGUUCAUCUCAUCAACCAACACCAACUGAUUCACCACAACCCUACAGAAAGCCGCGUGGCAGACCACCAGGUUCUAAAAACAAACCAAAACCACCUCUUGUAAUAACACAAGACAAUGAACAAGCCAUGAAACCUGCCAUCAUUGAAGUUGCUGCUGGUACUGAUGUUCUUGAAGCUGUCAUCCAGUUUGCUGUUCGUCUUGGUUCAUGUCUCACCAUUCUCAGCGGUUCUGGUACUAUUGCUGUUGCUACACUCCAUUACCCAGUUUGUCAAUCUCCUGCUUUUACUCUUCAUGGACCUUUUUCUUUGUUGACUUUGACUGGUACUUUUUUCUUCCCACCUUCUCCACCACCACCUCCUCCUCUUCCUAUUUCUCUUCCUAUUGCUUCAUCUUCUUCAUCAAACCCUAACCCUAACCAGUUAGAAACACCAACACUAGCUUCAACUUUUGGUAUUACUCUUGCUGGUAUGCAUGGACAAAUCUUUGGUGGGAUAAUUGGUGGAAAAGUUAUAGCUGGUGGUGAUGGUGUUAAGAUUGUUGCUUCAUUGUUUAAAAAUCCUGAACUUCAUAGGGCUGCUGGUAUUCUUUUGGAAGCUGAUGAUGAUGGUGAAGAUGCUGAUGAUAACAAUGGUGGAGAUCCUGGUGCUGGUAGUAGUGGUGGUACUGCUGCUGAGAAUGUGUCUGGUUUCAAUGUUCCUAAUCCAAUGACUAUGAAUCCACCAUCACAUUCUGAUACAAACUUCAUGUCAUGGAAUCACCCUUCUCAUCCUCGUCCUCCGAAUUUCUAAAAACUAAAAAUGAUGACUAUAAAUUGCGGAUAUAGUCAUGGUUCAUUGCAAACAUUACAGGUGCAAUUACAAUAAAGAAUUUAUGGUGUGGUUUCAAUUGUGAUUAUAGAAUGCAAUUUAGAAUUAUGAUGGGAUUGAGCUAUAAUUGUGUCAUCAUUUACCAUAAUUGGGGAAAUGGAACUUUUUAAUUAUAAUUAGUGAGUUAUUAUUAUUACAUUGUAUCGCAGAGCUAAUAAUAACAUUGCUCUUUUUCUUAGUAAAAUCAACUAUAUGUAAGCAUGCUAGUUUUAGUAUUUUCUUAAUUAUGUCUUUAUUUAUGCAUAAUGUAUCUGUCUGUGACAAAAAAAAGUUACAUGUUCAUGAGUAUUAGAUAUUUAUUAA